UGCAAAAUUCUCAAUGGCAGUAAAUAAAAAACAUUUGAUUGAGACAAAUCAAAAAAAAAAACUUAAAACUUUAAAACUUAAAAUUGUUUUUUUGAAAAAUUGUUGAAUUUGCUUGUGUAAAAAUGGGCGGUGAUACUAAAUGUUAUAAAGUUUGUAAAAAUGAAAAAGUUGGACGUUACGCUGUAGCUACGAAAGCUCUGAAAGCGGGAGAUGUAAUUUUAACAGAAAGUCCAUUUGCAGUCGGUCCAAAAGUAGAUUCCCCACCAAUUUGUCUAGGAUGUUACGCCUAUGUUGAUGGAUUAACAUUAUGUUCCAAAUGUAAAUGGCCAGUAUGUCGUACAGAAUGUGAAAACAUUGCCCAACAUGCCAAUGGUGAAUGUAAAAUAUUCAGCAAAGCUGGUGUUGAAUGGCAAAAACCUGAAGAUAUUUCAUUACCAGAUCCACAAUUUGAUUGUAUAACACCACUUCGAGUACUGCUAGCUAAACAAGAACAUCCAAAACAAUGGGAUGAAGAAGUCGGAGUAAUGAUGUCACAUAACGAGAAACGUCAGCAAGGACCAUACUGGGAAGCAGAACGUGUAAAUGUUGUUCAAUUUUUACGGGAACGUUGUAAAUUGGGCGAACAAUUUAGUGAAGAUUUAAUUCAUCAAGUUUGUGGAAUUUUGGAAGUGAAUGCAUACGAGGCACGAUCUGUUAGUGAGACAAAUGUACGGGCAUUGUAUCCACAAUUAGGAAUUAUUUCACAUUCAUGUGUUCCAAAUACUGCACAUUCAAUUUUGGCUGGACCUACACAAGAUCCUUCUCAAGAUUUCAAAGUAAUUGUUCGAGCAUCCGUUCCAAUUGAAAAUGGCAACGAACUAUUUUCAUGUUACACAUAUGUACUAUCACCAACAAUUAUUCGACGUGAAACACUUGCCGAAACAAAAUAUUUCGAUUGCACAUGUUCCAGAUGUUUAGAUCCAACCGAAUUAGGCACACAUGUUGGAUCUCUCAAGUGUACCAAAUGUGAUAAUGGACUUGUAAUAUCAACACAACCAACAGAUUCAAGUGCAAUUUGGAAAUGUACACAUUGUGAGUUCCAAACACGCGGUGAAGCUGUUAAGAAAGCAUUGUUAAUGAUGCAAACUGAAUUGGAUGCAUGUGAUGAGUAUGGUUUAUCACCGCAAGCGAUUGAAAUGCGAGAACAAUUGGCCAAGAAGUAUCGUUCGAUUUUACAUCCACGGCAUUAUAUUCAUACAUCAAUUCGGCAAGCGUUAACGCAGUUAUAUGGACGCGCUGAAGGUUAUAUGUUGGAUGAUUUACCGGAUUUGGUACUUGAACGGAAAAUUGAGUUGUGCCAACAAAUUUUACAAGUUUUGGAUAAAAUCGAACCUGGUUAUACACGAUUAAGAGGUAUGACUCUAUACGAGCUUCAUGCACCCAUAAUAUACCUUGCAAAAAGUCAAUAUCAAUAUGGAACAAUUGAUACAGAACAAUUACGAAAGAAGCUAAAUGAAGCUGCUCAAAUUUUAGAGGAAUCAGCCACAAUAUUAUGUCUGGAGGAUCCCAAUAGUCCUGAAGGUGCAUUAGGUCUUGGUGCCAAAGAUAUGUUACAACAAUUCCGUGAUAACAUGGAAAUGAUGAUUGCUUCAUUUUUUAAUUACCUGGUAUAUCGAAGUAUGAAUGAUCAAAGUGAUAAAAAAAUGUUACCUUAUCAAAUCAAACAUAGUGAAAUUCUUGGGCGAUAUUUGGUAACGACCAAAGAAUUAAAAGCUGGUGAACCGAUAAUCAUUGAAACACCUCUAGUAAUUGGACCCAGAGUGGACAGUUCACCGAUAUGUUUAAACUGUUACAGAUCAUUAUUCGGAUUAAAACCAUAUUUUUGUCCAAAUUGUAAAUUAAUACCAAUAUGUGAUUCGAAUUGUAAACUUGUAAAUUCAUUAUUAGGACAUUCUCAACUUGAAUGUAAUGCAUUUAAGGCUGUAUCAAAUUUAGUACAUCCAAAAAAUAUUCUAGAAAAUUUACAAAUCAUAUUACCAUUUCGAUGUCUAUUAUUGAAGGAUAAUAACAUUGAAUUAUGGAAUGAAUUUAUGAAAUUGGAAAGUCAUCUCGAAAAACGCCGAAAUACAGCAAUAUGGGUUAAUUAUGAACAUAAAAUAAUAAAGUUUUUACGCGAAUGGAAUUUAAUAAAUGAAGAUGUACCAGAUGACUUAAUUCAGAAAAUAAUGAGCAUAGUCGAUGUGAAUUGUUUUGAAGCUCGAAUUCCACGAUUAAAUGAUUUUGGUGAUAUGCUAGUCACUAGCGACGAUUGUGUUAGAGCUUUAUACUUAAAAGGAGCACUGAUGACACACGAUUGUGUAUCAAAUACUCAUGUCUCGAUCGAUGAUCAAUUUAAUUUAUCUGUACGAUGUAGUGUAGACUUAAAACCGGAUCAAUCAGUUUAUUUUAAUUAUACUAAUGUACUAAUGGGAACAUUCGAAAGACAAGAACAUCUACGUGAAGGGAAAUAUUUUGAAUGUAGUUGUGAUCGUUGUUCGGAUCCAACCGAAUUAGGAACUCAUUUAAGUUCAGUUUUAUGCACAAAAUGUAAAACGGGUUAUGUAAAUCCUAUGGAUACGAGUUACUCAAAACGAUAUACAUCUAAAUUAAAUUGGAAAUGUGCAAAUUGUGAAAAAUUAUACUGUGGAAAUUUGGUACGGACAACAAUGGAUGAGGCUAAAAAUCAAUUUGAAAAUAUAGACAAAUCAGACUAUAAACAGAUUGAAACAUUUUUAAAUAAAAUAUCAAAAACUUUACCAAAAGAAAAUUUCAUAAUUAUUGACGUCAAACAGAGUUUAAUAGCUGCAUAUAGAGAUGUUUUACGUCGUGACAUUAAACCAUCCAAACAUGUGUUACAAAGAAAAUUAGAAUUAUGUCAUGAUUUGUUACCAUUGUUGAGUAAAAUCGAACCAGGAAUUUCUAGACUAAAAGGUAUAACUUUAUACGAAAUGCACGUACCAUUAGUAAUUCUUUCGAAUAGGGAAUAUGAAAAUGGUGAUAUUACAGCUGAUGUAUUACUAUCGAAAUUAAUCGAAGCUGAUCAGAUGAUUCGUGAUGCGAUUCGUUUGUUGUUGUAUGAACCAAAAUCUUCACCAGAAGGUCGUUUGGCACGUCAAGCAUUUGACGAGUUACGUAUGUUAGGUGAAAGUAUUGCAAGUGUGAAACAAAUUGUUCAUUUUAAUAGUUUGAAUAAAGAUAACAAUAAACUGAAGAAAAACAGAAGAAAACACAAUAAAUAA